AUGACCAGCUCCUCCUCCACCUCGGCGACCCAAGCCAAAGUCCUCUCCAUUAUCCGCCAACGGUGCGAAACCGUUCUCCAAGCCGGUACCAGCGAACCCGGUUUCGGAUGGCAACAAGCGGCUUCCUGUCGAUUAGGUGACGUUCAAGUUUCUGGAGUCGAUUUGGCUGAAGAUGAUGAGGAGGACACGGCGCCUAGGAAGGGGGCUCAGGCGCUGACGACGGUCGAGUUGGAGGUGGAUGAUGGGAUGUGUAAUUUGAGUGGGAAUGCGGUGAGUAUCAUAGCGAUCCUAUGCAACGUACUUCUCACAAUUCGGGGAACUGCUCAAACUUCGAUUGUGUUUCUACAGCACGGCGGUUUCUUGGCAUGGUUGAUCGACCACUGUUCGAGUUUGAGCUUGAUCGCUUUGGCUGGACAUGGGAGGUGGGCAACGAGUGGUGUCAGUACGAACCUCACCGUCAACUAUAUCUCUGCGGCACCAGUAAGUUCACCUAGUUCUGAGAUUGCGACCGCGGAUUGAGCUUCUUAUGCCAAAGUGAAGCUUGGCUGAACAUGUUCGGUUCUUUCGGUUUUGCAGAGCGGCACCCCUCUCAAAGUCGUUACGCGGGUAUUGCAACAAAGCAAAACCUCUAGUCUUUUAGAGACGAGGGUGGAGCAUGCGUACGUUUGGACUAUAGUUGAUCGGUUACAGAGGGGGGGCACGGAGGACUAGAAGAAGAUUCUGCGCUUCCCUUUUACUCCCCGCUUCUCGGUGGUCUCAAGGGAUAAGGAUCAUGGCUGAUGUCAACUUUUCUCUUUUCUUUCGUUGAAAUAGUGAAACGGGCCGCCUCGUUGCGUUCGGCACGCACGUCAAGCAGGAUACACCGAGUCUGAUGAUCAAGUGGCCGAAAGGGUCCGCCAAGCUCUGA